AUGAAUCCCGUCGACGGUGUCGUUGUUGUCUUUCUGCUCACUAUCUCACUUGUUAGCACCCGAUCAGUCGAAAAGCGGCAAGCCGGUGACAAUACGUAUGGGGAUGAGCCCUCUCUGCCACCGACGAUGGGGCCAUACGUUGCUGUCGAGGCAACCACACUCAUAGCCGUACCGGAAGAAGAAGCGCAACCCGUCAUGAAUGCCCUUCCCGCAGGUCCAUCUGCUGUCGUCGAUUCCGGUUACAGGGCUAAACGACAAGCCGGUGAUAAUUCAUAUGGUGAUGAGCCUGUGAUGCCAACCCAAGUGCCUUACAAUGCUGAAAGUGAGUUGACAACAUUGGCGGCUAUGGUUCCUGAAGAGGAGGCUCAAGCCGUUCAAAUGACAGCACCUGCUGGACCGGCGGCACCAGUAGUGGAAUCUGGAUACUAG